UACUGGAAGACUCAUACUUUUGCAAGAAUGAAAACCAUCUUGCCCUGCCUUCUUGUUCUCGCCAUUAGCGUGCCACUGUCUGAUGCUUCUUGCUUCCUUAUGGCAUGCAAGCCAGGGAUAUCUGAUGGUGUGACUGUAGGCUGCCUUGACUCGGAAGGAAAGCUACAUGAAUUUGGUUCCCAAUGGAGGACAGAUGACUGCAGUGAUUGCUCCUCUUCCAGGGGUGGAAUUCGCUGCUGCUCCAGCUAUGCAACACCAGUUGACUACGAUAAAGAGAAGUGUGAAAGCAUUUUCAACAAGGAGACCUGCUCUUAUAAAGUAGUAGAGAAAGAUGAUAACUCCAAAGAAUGCCCAGUCCAUUCAUGGGUGGGGUAGCAGAAAAGAAUGGUGGAUUGGGGGGAUAUUUCCUUUUAUUGUUUUAAGGGUUCUCUUUCGCAAAUUCAAGAACACUUAAAAAUGCAGUUGUUGAGUGAAAUCUACUCAUAAAACCCAACACAAAAUAAAACUGAAUAUCUAUCCCCCAAAAAAUCCCUUGGUUUCUCUGCCUUCUGCUUCACCAUGAAGAAAGAACCGACCUGUUCCUCCCUUGAGAUCAGACAUAAAAGCUGACAUUUAAAGUAUC